AUGGCGAAGAAGUUUUCUGAAGUGUUUGAGGAUGAAAUUCUAGACUCAAAGAAGCCAGCAGGUUGCAUUGGUGGGAUUUUUCAGCUGUUUGAUUGCCAACAGCUCCUUGGUGGAAGGCAACUCAGUGAACAAGGCAAUAGAAGGGAUCCUUCAGUACAGGAGAAAAAUCAGAGCAGGAGAUCUCAAGAAAAGUCAAGAUAUUCCAUGGAGUCAUCAAGAACCUCUUUCUCAUCAACAUUCACAUCAUUUUCUUCACUCGAGCACAAAUCACCACAAGAAGAACCAAAAUACACACACCACUCAUUUUUAUCGGGAAGCUCACCAAAGAACUCGCCGAGGGCAAGGACUACCGAUAUCAGUAGAUUUCCUGCUUUCAAAGAAAUCAUCAAGGGGUCCAUUUACAGAGACUUAUGCAGUUCUACAAUCAAGGAUGAUGACAAUAAAAGAAAUGAAAUGUUGAAACCCAUUCAGGCCCCAAGAUCACUGGAUCUAUCCAAAGUUAGUGAUCUUGAUGAAUCACUAAGAAUAGCAUUCAAACUUAAAUAUUCACCUUGCAGUUUCUAUGAAGGACACUCACGUCGUCUCUCCUAUGAUGGCAUGGACAUCUCGCAGGAAUUCAUUAAUGAGAAGCAAUAUAUUAAACAUAGCGUGGUCUCAAGACUGUCGUUGGACAGCAGGGAAGGUUCGCUGAGGUGCAAUUUAAGCCCUAAAUUUAACCCGGAUAUCAAAGGAUUUGAUAAGAAUGGAAACAAGAGAGUACCCGAAACUGUAUAUCACCUUCAGGAACUGGAAAGUAAAGAAAAGAGCUCCAGCAUCGUUGCAAAGCUCAUGGGCUUGGAGCUAAAAUCUCAUGAGGAGAAGAAUCAAAUAGUAAGUCAUGAAAGAAAACAUGAGAAGCAGCUGCAGUCACCAAGAAACACUGUCAGGUCUCCAAGGAGAAACAACCUCCUCCUGGAUUCACCUUCCAAAUUCUCAAUUGAAGAGACUCCACAGAUGGCACGAGGCUAUGUUGAAGAAAAUAUGAAUCAGAAAAUUGAAUCAGUUUUGAAUAAGGCGAAGAAGAGACUGCAAAAGCUUCAGUGCCAUCAUUCUAGUAAAGAAACCCAAGAUCUAAAUCGUCUAAUAAUUGAAGCUAAGAAGAAUGGUAAUAGAAAAUUGAGCUCAGUUAAUUCAUUUAGCACACAGCUUACUCCAAACUACGGAUCAAACAAAGUAAAAACUUCAGAAAGAAAUUUGAAGUCCCCAAUUGUGAUCAUGGAACCGGCAAGAAAGCUAGAUGUUUCUUUCUCCAAAGUUACAAAGCUUAAAGGGCUUCCAAGUUUUGGAAAGAUUAGAACGAGCGACUUGGGAAGUAACAGAAGGAAGACUUUUUUCAAUACACAAACUAGUGCUGAAAAAAGUUUCACAGAAAAUAAGGCUUUUUCUAGAGCGCCUCAUUCAUCAACAAAAGAACAAAAUGACAGAGCAGCAAAUAACAAUGUGAGCCCACGAUUGCAGCAGAUGAAACCUGACCUGAAAAUGAAAUCCUUUGCUGCCAUUCCCUCUUAUGACUCGAACAAAUCCCCAAGGCGAGCUGUAAAUAAGCAAUUAUUAGAUUCAGUUUCUCCUAGAUGCAAAGUAAGAAAUAAAUCAGACAAAGUACAUGAUACUGAACUUCAGAAUUCAGGUAAGCAGGUCAAUGUGGAAGCAAUAAGGGCUAAGAACUCCAUUGAAGUGAAAUAUCUUCUAUUCCAGCAAAGCAUCCCAAGUUCAUCAGUAAAGGUAUCAACAAAAUGUUCAAAUUUUCUACUAACAGUCAUUAUUCCAAUAGAGUUGAAAAGACAUCUAAAGCAUCCAGUGAUACUAAAAGAUCUUUCUGCUAAGGGUCUCAAGCUAGUUUCCCCUCAGCAGUCAAGUCCCAAAUCUGUGCCUGAUGCCAUGCUAAACCAAGAUGGCUUGCUUCAUUCCUCCGCGUCGAUGUCAGAGGUGUUCAAAGGUCAUACUUCAUUUCUCCCUCUUACAGUUCUCAAAAUAGCUGGGAAUGCUUAUAAUACGUUUACUUUUUAUUAUCUUGUAAUUACAAAUUGUCAGUUCCCUUUGGCAGAGCAUCAGAAUCCACGGUCUGAUCGUUACUUCAGCAUGGAGCGUCCCCCUCUGACCAUUCCAUCAGCUGGGAGCUCUAGAACCGAUUCCAAAAUAUCAGAAAGCAAGAAUAACACCAUUCAGGGUUCCAGAGAUCUACGAACAGCUAUCAAUGAAGCUCGUGUAACCAAUGCAACUAUGUUCAAAAUUGAAAACCAAGAACAAGACAGCGUGAUUGUAGCUGAAAUAUUCCGGGCCUGUGGCCUUCUGCAGAAAGAACCAGACUUUCUUCCCGUGCUUAAAAAUAUUACCUCUGACAAGCCAUCUGAAUUUGAUCAAAAGAGCAAUCAACAUAAGCUUCACCAAAAGCUUAUUUUUGAUGUCGUGAAUGAGAUUCUAGCUCAAAAAAUGGAUGAAACCAGUUCUGGUGAUCGGUUUAAUAAUAUUCUUCACCCCAGUACUUUCAGCAUCAAGCAUCUAUAUAAAGAACUCUGCUCGGAGAUCAAAUGUCUUCGAAGCUGCAAGGAAGGAAACUUUGAUCAUAAUUCAAUGACUCAUAAAGAUGUGCUCUUGCAUUCACAAGCAUGGGACAGUUUUGAGAGUGAAAUACCUGUGCUUGCUCUGGAGAUUGAAAGAUUGAUAUUUAAGGAUCUGAUAAACGAGGUAGUAAAGAGUGUGGCUGCAGUUGCCCUGGAUGCCAAUCAGAGGCGCCAAAGAAAAAUGUUUGCAAAAGAUGGAAUUUAAUGUCGUAUGAAUCCUGUUUGUUUCUUUCUACGGGUAGAUUUUGCACUCUAGCUAAUACUGAACCAAUUCAGUAACUUCCCAUGCUAAGAACUUCAUAAAACGACAAGAAAACUACAAGUAAAACAACCCACAUGAAACAACACUCAAGAACCCAAGCGUCUAUCACUAAUAUAAGAAACUUUACUGUAUUAAUGCCAAAAUUUGAUAUUUUCAAGCCUGCAUAUGUAAAGUUUAAAUGUGCAUAUAAUGAGCUCAGAUAUAUUAAAUAAGGC